AUGAGGGCGAAUAGUCGGACUGUUACUUCCACAGACGCUCGUUGGUCAACCAAGGAUAGGAAAGCCGUGUACGGUGAACCGGGAGCGGAUAAGGCAAGUGGUUGGAAUCCAUUUCAAACUCUUAAUAUUAAGGGAUUUGCUGUAGAUCAAAUACCGAAAGGUGGGGACAUAAGGGCAGAUAAGGUAAUCCGUGAGCUGAGUGGCAUAGUACUGAAUCGCGGUCCAAGACUCUGUAACUUUGUGGAAUGGAGAGGACUAAAAGUCGUUUACAGAAGGUAUGCCGGCUUGUAUUUCUGCAUGUGCAUUGAUCAAAAGGAUAAUGAAUUAGAGGUUCUUGAUAUUAUCCAUCAUUAUGUUGAGAUAUUGGAUCGUUAUUUUGGCAGUGUUUGUGAAUUGGAUUUGAUCUUCAAUUUUCACAAGGCUUAUUAUAUCUUGGACGAGAUUGUGAUUGCUGGAGAGCUUCAAGAAUCAAGCAAGAGAACAGUAAUUCGAUUAAUGACGGCACAUGAUUCAUUAGUGGAGAUGGCAAAGGAGCAAUCUACCUCAAUAAGCAAUAUGAUUGCCCAAGUCACCAAAUAGGAGUAUUGGACCAACAUUAGCCCAUUUUCUUUUUAAAUUUAAUUAUAUCCUUAAUGAUUUUCUGUUUUUUUUUUCUUUUAAUUUACAUUUUUCAUCUUUUGGUUAUGUAUUUAUGGUGAAAUCCAUUCCAUUAAUCCAAGUUUAUAAUAUUCUAUUUUAUUUUUUUUAA